CUCAUGGCAACGGAUGUCAACGAUUGUUGAUGCAGUUCUUCAACUGCAGUCGGUUGUUUUGGGAUUUUAACAAGAUAACCAUAGCGCUUUGAAAAAAUCCAUAAACAUCCAAAAUGUCGAUAGCCAUCGCCCAGGCCAGACACAUCUUUGGCCUGAAGCCAGGUGUGACAGGAAACAUAUGCUACCAUGAUGAGCAGACUAUUGUAUAUCCCUCUGGAUCCAACUGUAUCCUGUACAAUACGGACCAAAAGGUACAGAAAUUCAUACCAGGAACAGACAAAUCUGAGGGAAUGACAGCCCUUGCUGUCAGCCCAAACAGAAGGUAUGUUGCGAUCGCAGAAAAGGGAGAGAAACCAACCAUCACAAUAUAUGAUCUCCAUUCCCUGAGGAAGAAAAAGGUACUGACAUCACCAGAUGUUCAGUCUGGGGAGUAUGUCAGUUUGGCAUUCUCUCCAGAUUCCAAGUACCUGGUAGCACAAGGUGGUAAGCCUGACUGGACUCUGUUGUACUGGACAUGGGAGAAGUCUAAAGUGAUGGCCACAGCUAAAACAUCCAAUCCUCAAAAUACAGCUGAUGUGUACCAGGUGAGUUUCAACCCUCAAGACAACACACAGCUGUGCGUCAUUGGCAAUGGAAUCUUCCGUCACUUCCGCUACAGUGAGGGCAACCUCAAGCCCUUCCCCUUCCAGAAGAUGGAACCCCAGAACUUCCUGUGUCAUGCCUGGGUAUCGGAGGAGAGGGUGGUGGUUGGCACUGACACUGGCCGACUCCUGUUGUUUGAGGCUGGAGAACUGAAGAAUGAGUUCAAUGCUGGAGCUCUCAAGGAGGAAAAGAAAGAUAGUCUAGAUGAUGGCAGCCAGCCAAGUGGCCCACCCCAGAUCUCUGCCAUCGUGGCCUACUCCAAGGGUUAUGCGUGUGCUUGUGGACCUGGCCUUGUUCAUCUUUUUGAGAAGACUGAUGACAAGGAUUUCUUCAAGAAGGCCAGGGACAUCAAGAUCCCAGCUGACCCUAACAGCUCCGACCCCACAAAGUCCCAGCAACAGAUCAUCAGAUGUCUGACCGUUAGUCCAUCUGAGGAGACACUUGUGGCCAGCACAGAUCUCAGCCAGCUGUACUACCUCACCCUCUCGAGUGCUGAUCUCGGCAAGGGAGACCAGGCGACAUUUGAGGUGCUGGCCCAGAGCUUCCACUACAGCCAGAUCAUGGGCCUGGAUGUGUGUAUAAGGAAACCCCUUAUUGCCACCUCGUCCCUUGACAGAUCCGUCCGAAUCUGGAACUAUGAGACAUGUAACCUGGAGCUGUACAAGGAGUUUGCGGAGGAGGCGUUCAGCAUUGCGCUACACCCGUCUGGCCUAUACAUCCUGGUUGGCUUCAGUGACAAGCUUCGUCUCAUGAACCUUCUCAUCGACAUCAGGACGUUCAAGGAGUUCACUGUCAGAGGAUGCAGAGAGUGUGCAUUCAGCAAUGGCGGCCACUUGUUUGCUGCUGUCCAUGGCAACGUCAUUCAGAUUUACUCCACCACAACGUUCGAGAACGUUUCCAACCUGAAGGGUCACAACGGCAAAGUGCGAUCCAUUGUCUGGAGUUUCGAUGAUGCCAAGAUCGUCUCCUGCGGCAUGGACGGUGCUGUAUAUGAAUGGGAUCCUUACAGCGGCAAGCGUCUGGCAGAAAGUGUCCUCAAGUCAUGCAGUUACACUGGCGUAGCUGUCAACAAUGAUGGCAAAACAACAUUCGCUGUAGGAUCUGACAAAAGCCUCAAAGAGAUAGCCGAUUCUUCUAUUCUUCGUGAAGUCCCAUCUGGUGAAAUGACCAUGACAAACGUUGCCCUGUCCCACUCCGGCCGGAUGCUGUUCACCGGUACUCAGCGGGGAACGUUGUGGUCGAUGAAGUUCCCACUCACCAUUCCAGGGGAGUGGCAGGAGCAUCAAGGUCACAGUGCCGCUAUCACCAAGAUGAAGAUCACAUUUGAUGACCAGUUCCUGAUCACAGUAUCAGAGGAUGCCACCAUCAUCCUAUGGAAGAUCCAGGACAAAGAAGGGCGGGGCCUCAAGAGGGACAAAGAAGUGGGCUGGGCCGAAGAGAUUCUCAUCACAAAGAGUGACCUUGAGGAGAAGAACUCCAACAUGAGUGAGCUGAAGACACGUGUGGAGGAGCUGAAGAUGGAGAACGAGUAUCAGCUCCGCCUGAAGGACAUGAACUACAAUGAGAAGAUGAAGGAACUGACAGAGAAAUUCAUCCAGGAGAUGGAGUCGCUCAAAACCAAGAACCAGGUUUUGAAAACAGACAAGGAUAAAGAGGAGGCCAAGCAUGAGGAGGAGAUGUCCGAGCUGAUGGAGAAACAUGCAAAGGAGUUGCAGGAUCUCGAGUCUGCCAACAACCAGAAGCUGAUGCUAGAGUAUGAGAAGUUCCAGGAACAGCAGGCCAAGAUGAUGAAGAUGCAGGAGGACUACGAGCGGCAGCUGCAGGAGAUGGAAGAGAGCAAGGAGCAUGCUCUGGAGGAGCUGACUGAGUACUAUGAGACUAAGCUACAGGAGGCCACCAACAAGCUGGAACAGGCAAACGAUGAGUCUCGCCAGCUGAGUCGCGAGUAUGAGGAGACCAAGCGUCAGAUUGAGGAGGAUGCUGACAGAGAAAUCCUGGACAUGAAGAACAAGUAUGAGAGGAAGCUCCGGGAUGAGAAGGAGGCUAACAUGAAGCUCAAGGGAGAGUCAGGCAUCAUGAAGAAGAAGUUCACCAGUCUGCAGAAGGAGAUCGACGACCACAAGGAGGAGAUCAAGAAGUUCCAGGCAGAGACCAACAAACUGAACAACAUCAUCCGCAACUUGGAGAAGGACAUCCAGGGCCUGAAGAAGGAGAUCCAGGAGAGAGACGACACCAUUCAGGAUAAGGAAAAGCGUAUAUAUGAUCUGAAGAAGAAGAACCAAGAGUUGGAGAAGUUCAAGUUUGUUCUGGACUACAAGAUCAAGGAGCUGAAGAAGCAGAUUGAGCCCCGAGAAAAUGACAUCAAGAACAUGAAGGAACAGAUCCAGGAGAUGGAGAGUGAGCUGGAGAGGUUCCACAAGCAGAACACACAACUGGAGCUGAAUAUCACCGAGCUGAGACAGAAGCUGAAGGCCACAGACAAAGAGAUGCACCAGGAGAGACAGAAGGUGCGUGAUGUUGAGGCCAUCGUCCGCCGCUUCAAGACCGACCUCCACAACUGUGUGGGCUACAUCCAGGACCCCAAGAUGCUGAAGGAGAGCAUCAAGGCCCUGUACCAGAAACACGUCCAGGAGGACAUUACGGAGUCAGCCAGUGUGGAUGCGGACAUCCAGAAGGAGUACAGCAGACAGAGAGAGCACCUGGAGAGAUCCGUUGCCUCACUCCGCAAGAAGCUGGAGAAGGAUUCCGAGAUCCACAAAGCUGACAAUGUCAGGAUCAUGCAGGAAAAUGUGUCCCUCAUCAAAGAAAUCAACGACCUGAGGCGAGAGCUGAAGAUAGCUCGCACAAGCAUCCACGACCUUGAGGCAGCUCUUGGCCUUCACAGCAAAAACAACAAGAAGGCAGAUACUGCAACCCUUGCCCAGAUCACUGCCAAAAACCCAAGUGCACUCAUGGUGACAGAUCUGGAAGAAAAGCUGAAGAUUAUUGAAAUGCAGAGAUUUGAGAUCAAGCGGUUAAGAAAUGAAAUGAGUGAAAUUGAAAUGGGAUCACGGCCGCCAUCAGGCACCAAAUUACAACCAAUAAUGGGGGCUGUGUGAUAAAAUAUUGAAAAGGCUGUGAUAUUUUAAAUGUAACAUACCAUAACAGUUGUAAAUAUGUGUAGCAACCGAAUAUCUUUAUCAUAUUUUCCAAUGAAAGUAUUAAUUGUGUUGUGACAAAUAUAAUGUGAAUUUCACAUCCUUACAGAAAGAAAUAUAUACAUACAAUGAAGUCAGUUGAAUAUUUUGGACAGGUUUUAAUUAUGUUUUAUUCUGUUUUGUUCCUUUUGAUUUAUUCCAUAUAACAAAGUCCCUGUUUGCAUUGAUAAACUGAUACAAAUCCAACAUCUGCAACUUUCUUAUUGAAAAAAUAUUUCUCUGCUAUUUUAUUGGAGUCUGUCAGUAUUUUUACAUGAAGGUAUAAACAAUGGCUGUGAUAUAGUAUUUAUAUUUGUGCUUCAAUGGUGUCAGUAUCCCGUUUCAUGCCAUGAAAUGUAUGUAUUAAACAUAUUGAAGUAUUUUUGGGGUCACAAGCUGGUGUUUUUACAUAUUAGCAGUUUCUGCAAAUACUUCUGAAACUUUUGUUUUAUGAAAAGUAUUGAAAUAGGAAUUUACAUAUGUGAAGUUUUCCGUCCAUGUACAUUCACUUUGGAAGAAGUGUUACUGAGAACUGAGAAGUUAUACACAUUUUAUUAUACACAUCAGCAUUGUGAAAUAAAGCAUUGAAUAGUGA